GUACGCAUAGCAGCUAACUUCGUCAUCCACGCCCCGCCAGGAGAGUUCAACGAAGUUUUCAAUGAUGUGCGAUUGCUGCUCAACAAUGACAAUCUUCUCAGGGAGGGUGCAGCGCAUGCGUUUGCACAGUACAACUUGGACCAGUUCACCCCGGUGAAGGUCGAGGGAUACGAAGAACAGGUCUUAAUCACAGAGCAUGGAGACCUGGGGAACGGCCGGGUCCUGGACCCCAAGAGCAAGAUGUCCUUCAAGUUCGACCACCUGAGGAAGGAGGCGAGCGACCCCGCGCCCCAGGACGUGGACGGGUCCCUGGAGGGCUGGAGGGGCGCCGUGGACUCAGCCGUCAGGGCCUACGUCAAGGAGCACUACCACGGAGUCUGCACCAUUUACGGGAAAACCAUCGACGGACAUCAAACCAUCAUCGUGUGCAUCGAGUGCCAUCAGUUUCAACCAAAAAACUUCUGGAAUGGACGCUGGAGGUCAGAAUGGAAGUUCACCGUCUCCCCCUCCUCCACCCAAGUGGCAGGCAUCAUGAAAAUCCAGGUUCAUUACUAUGAAGACGGCAACGUGCAGCUGGUGAGCCACAAGGAGGUCCAGGAGUCCAUGUCCAUUUCUAAUGAGGCGUCAACUGCGAAGGAGUUUGUGAAGAUCAUGGAGGCUGCAGAGAACGAUUACCAGACGGCCAUCAACGAGAACUACCAGACCAUGUCGGACACUACCUUCAAAGCCUUACGCCGCCAGCUUCCUGUGACGCGCACCAAGAUCGACUGGAACAAGAUCCUGAGCUACAAGAUCGGCAAAGAAAUGCAGAACGCUUAAAAACACCCCGCAGAGAACAUAACAGCCCCCUCCCCUCGCCCCCCUACCUCCACUUCCACCCCAAACAACGUUGCAUGACUGGAUAGAUGUAUCGUCUUUGUACAGAAAAUUAGAGAAACUGGGACAAAGAGAGGUUUCUGGGUGCCGCAGCCCGACGUCACGUUACACAUUGGAUGUUAUUGUUUUUUAUAUACAGACACAUCUGUAUAAUGGUGAAGGAGAUAUCACAAGACAUAGGAAAACGGGGGCACUUGUAUGCAAAAAAGAUCCUUAUAAAAUAUCACGUGUGCAAUAUUUGUUGUGUCAGUGAGACCUUUUUUUUUUUUUUUUUUUGACCUGCGGAGAAAACGAGAAUUGUUUUUGCAUUUUACAAAAGAAAUGAGAUAUUUGGCUGUAAACAAAGACUCCCUUCACUUCACGGUGUCGAUAAACAAAAAGUGUGUUAUUGAAUGGUAUCUUUGGCACAAGCAGUCACAAAAUCAACGUUUUGUCCCUUAAUGGUGGUACUUCCCCCUCACAGUUUGUCCUAGAAUCCAGACUGAAGCGCUCCUGGCUCAAAUUUGCCUUUUUUUUUUUUGGUCAGAGUUCAGUGACCACUUAACAAGCUUAAUUAACACCAGUCGCUAAGUGAUGUGCAUAAUGUCCAAUUUACAAUAAAAUCAGAACGCAUCACAUUCUCCUCCAGUGCUUAUUUUUAUUAAAAAAGAAAACAGAACCUGACUGUAUUAUAUAACAAGGCACAUUGUAAUAUAUACCUGUAUGAAACAUCCUGUCUGUCAGUUUGGUGAUUUAUUUCCAUGAGAUCAAUUGUAAUUCAGUCACAAUUAUGUUGCAUUAAAUGACACAUUUUCUAUC